UGUUCCAACAAAUUCAUCGACUGAUUUGAUCACCGGUGAAUAUAUUAAUCGGAAUUUGAUCGAUGGCACUUUAAGCUCGUUUUAUCUCAUGAUAUGAGAGCUUUCAUUUAUAAAUUCGAUCUAUAUAAGUUCCAAAAGUGAGAAUUCGAUUCUUCAAAAUUGAAUUUCCACGGAUUUUUGUGACUAACGUAAAAUCGAUAAAAAAUAUCAACAUUCGAAUAAAUAGAGUAACGGAAAAAAAUGAGAAUUAGAAAUUUUUUAUCGUGUUUCUUACACCUUUUUUAACAAUUUUUUCUUCCCUUUCAUUCGAGACUCAAGUGCUUCAAAGUACAAUUUAUAUUUAAAUUGUUGAAAACAAAAGUCGUAAACAAUGCUAUUUGUGUCUAAGAGAAUAGAGCGGUGGGGGAACAAAAUAGAAUGCCUUUUUCUUUAUCACGAAAAAUGAAUCAUCUUACGAACUUUGUUAGAAUCGCGUCAUCAAAAAGUAUUUCGUUAUCAUCGCUCUCUCUUAUAUGCACUUGUAUGUGACCGGGCAACAAAGAGUGAUAUAUCGAUCCUUUAUCAAACGCGGUCGUGAAUUUUACAACGUAAAAUCGCGCGCUGAUAUAAUAUUCUUUCUCUCGUGCGGCUAUUUAACGACGCGCAUGACGUGCAGCCAGUGACAGUCGUGCUGGUCGUGCUGUUCAGUGCUGUUGCGUCGCACGCGCGCCGUCGAACGAUUCGGAGGAGACUCGGAGAUCGAAGUUCGGUGUCACCUGGUGUCACCGCUGCGCGCCGGUGGUGAUCAUCAGGCGAAUGUCAAAUCGCCCGUCCGUUCGUCAACGACCGACAAGUCCCAGCGAUCAAACGCCCAGUUGACGCCGUGACCCGUGACACGGACAUCGCUGGACACUGCCGACGUAUGAUCCUCUCGAACGAGAAUAGUCGCGGCGCGGUGACACGCACGUCGAACGCGCAGAGAUGUCCCGAUAAGAUACCAACGGUCCUUCUUCAGGAUAGAUGCGAAUCGACGGUGCAGUCAUGUCUUUAAGGAACGUCAUCGAAUGGACGUCCUCCGACGUAAGAGCGUGGCUCAUCGAAAGCGGAUACGAGGAGUACGCGGAUUUGUUUUACCUUCACGAGAUCGACGGGAAGGUACUUCUGACGCUGAAAGAGGAGGAUUUGAAAUCUAGUAUCUUAAACAUAAAAAAACUUGGUGCUAUAAAGAAAUUAUAUCUAGCGAUAAAGCAACUGCAGAGGGACAAUGUCGCCGUUCUAUUCGAUCUGGGAUACAUGGACUUGUUUCCCUCGACAAAUUUUUAUACCCAUCAGAACAAGCAUGAGAUGCCCAGCACUGGUACAAAUAAUGAAUCGUCUAUCGAGAAUGAAUUUUAUUCAGCCUCUGUAUCAGAGGACGGACACGCCUCUCAUUUGCCACCCGAAAUCUGGAAGACGGUCAUCAGUUUGGGAUAUUUAUUUAUCGUCACAUGGAUUACUGCCUUUGUGAUGGUUAUCGUUCACGACCGAGUGCCUGAUAUGAAGAAGUAUCCUCCAUUGCCGGACAUAUUUUUAGACAACGUACCUCAUAUUCCUUGGGCGUUUGAUAUGUGCGAAGUUACUGGCACACUACUUUUCGCGAUAUGGCUUGCUGUGCUUAUAUUCCACAAGUAUAGAUUUAUUUUGUUACGGAGAUUUUUUGCACUAUCGGGUACAGUCUUCCUGCUGAGGUGUGUGACGAUGCUCAUUACUUCAUUGUCAGUGCCGGGUGCACAUUUACAAUGUCAACCACGAAAAGUUCCAGAUGAAGACUGGAAUGCUGCGUAUGUCGAACUGUACAAUAAAAUAGCAAUGGCUUAUGUUAUUUGGCGAGGUGCUGGCAUGUCUAUUCAAGGUGUCAGAACUUGCGGGGAUUACAUGUUUAGCGGGCAUACAGUAGCGUUAACAAUGCUUAACUUUUUCAUUACAGAAUAUACUCCGAGACAUUUGUAUUUUCUGCAUACUUUUACAUGGAUGCUUAACAUGUUCGGUAUUUUUUUCAUCCUGGCAGCGCAUGAGCAUUAUUCCAUUGACGUUUUCGUCGCGUUUUAUAUAACUUCGCGAUUAUUUCUUUACUAUCAUACGCUGGCGAAUAAUCAAGCACUGAUGCAGCGCGAUUCAAUCAGAACCAGAAUCUGGUUUCCGUUGUUUAGUUUUUUUGAGUCGUCCGUUGAUGGUAUUGUUCCUAAUGAAUUCGAAUCACCGUCCUUGAUAGUUUGCAAUUUAGCAGGCACGGGAAAGAACAUCUGGCACUGUGUACGUUCUCGAAUAUUUUUCCGAAAAAUGCAACAUAACAUAAAUGGCAGUUUAAGCAGCACAAAAAAGGAACACUAACAUCAAACUGAUACAUAUUUUAUCUUUUUUAAUUAAUAUAUUGUACUUUUAAGAUAAAUAUGCGAUGUGAGGGACACUACUGAUUUUUCAAUUCCAAUUAUAACACACACAAAAAGGGAGAAAGGAGGCGAGUGAAUGAUAUUUCUGUGGACUGGAUGUUUAUGCCUGGAAAUACAUAAAUAUAUAUGUAAGUUUUAAAGAAAUAUGAGAAAGUGAACCCAUAUUGUAUAUUUAUUUUUCAGAAUGUUGUAUGUUUGUUUGACAAAUCUAUUUAUAUAUAUGUUGGAAUAAUGUUGAAAAAGAUAUGUAAUAUUAAUUCUAAAUAUUUAUUUUUACAGAUUAGGAUUAUUAUGCCAAAAGAGAUUAAAAUAAUUUAUGAUACAAAGGGUUAAUAUUACAUAAUCUUUUGUUAUCAUAGGGAAUUAAUGUAAUUUAUUCAGUAAGAAAUCUCCAAAGACAAAGUAUAGAGUAUAAAGUACUUUAUUAAUUCAACAUGCGUUUUCCAAGCAUGUUGCAUCAUCUACGACUUUCUUAUUAUUAUUAUUUUUUUUUUCCAAAUGAUUGUGUGUAUACACACACUCUACCCACAUACUUGCUCAUAAGUACUUUUUGUUUCUUUUUGUGAUAUGACAAGAAAGUGAAAUGAAAGGUUACAUUUCAAUGGCCUGCAGGGAUGUUAAAUUUUAUCAGGAAUGUUUAAUGAUUUUCAGAGACUACCAAGUUUAACAACAAUAAUAUUUUAUAUUUUCUAGAUUAGAUAUUUCUUUGAAGACACGUUUUUUGUUUGCUAACAGCGUGGAACGCAACAUUUUAAGAGUUAAUGUAUGUAUGUCUGUAUGUUAUACUAUUAUACAUUCCUGAUAUUUCAUAACAUUAAUAAUUUAAGACUUCUGUUUGCUUAUUGUAUCCAUAUUCAAUUACAUAAUUCUUCUUUUAUAAUUACAAAUAAAUUUAAAUUUGCUAAUGUUGCCACAUAUAUUCGACAUAUUGAUAAAAUAUAUUGUCUUUUCAAUUUAGGUAAUAAUUAAGUAUAAAUCUUGAAUUUUAUAAUUUUGAUAUUUAUUUUUGCUGAAAACCUGUUUUUGUUAAUAUAAGUUAAUAAAAAGUAGAAUAAUUUUUAAUUAAAUAAAAAGAAUUAUGAUUGUAAUAUGGUUCCAUUGAGAAAACAGAAGACACAUUAACAAAUGUAUUAUUAAACAGAGGCUGAAAAUAACUGCUGUUAUUGUGACUUCUAAGAUAAAUUCAUGUGUAUAAAAUAUACCUGUAUGAUUGUAUGAAUCACUUCUACAUGCGUCACAAGCUAUUGCCAACAUUAUAAUAGCUCUUUAAUAUUUCAUCCAUUUUUUACUUAUGUGAUAAAUAACUUAAUCUUGUUGGCAUUAACGAGUACUGAUUAUUGGUAACUUGUUGAUGGUGCCUGAUGGUUGGUAUUUAUUACUUUAUAUACUUCCAAAACUAUGUAAUGAUAAAACUUUCUCUCUUUCUCAUGCUAAUGAUUGACCAAUAUACCGACUAGUCUGAAAAACAGUCGGCUUAAUUUGCAAAUGAUUGAGAAAGGAAAAGCACGAAUAAAAGACAUCAAUAUUUCAAUAAGAUGUAUUUUUACUGUACUUUUACCAAUAAUUUAAUGUAUCUAGCGUUGUGAUUUUUUUCAUUUUUUCAAAAUAAAAUUUUCAAGAAAACA